AUGUCAGGCAACGAAAAAAGAGUUUAUAAAAAUCCUUUUCAAGACCCUCCGGUUAUCAACAAACAAGUCUUUGAAAAUGACUACGAUGAUGAGGAUGAUUUUAACAAUUUUUUAAAAAUGAGUAAAACUAAUAACAAUAACAAUAGUUAUAAUAAUAAAAAUAACAACGAUAAAAUAACAAAGAAUAAUAAUAAUAAUAAUAAUAAUAAUAAUAAUAAUAAUAAUAAUAAUAAUAAUAAUAAUAAUAAUAAUAAUAAUAAUAAUAAUAAUAAUAAUAGUAAUAAUGGUAAUAGUGAUAUAAAUAUUAGUAACGAUAAUUUUAAAACACAACCAAAUAAAAGAACUAAAGACACUAUAAACGAUAAAAAUGAAAGCUUUAAUAAAGAUAUUAAUAAUAACAAUAAUAUUAAUAAUAAAGAAAAUAAUAAUAUUAAUAAUAAUAAAAAAGAAGAGAUAAUCUUGGUAGAUUUGGAGUCUAUUACAGAUGAAACAAAUAAUAAUAAUAUUAAAAGUUUAAAUAAUGGUUUUGAUAGUAAUGGUAAUGGUAAAAGUAAUAGUAAUGGUAAUGGUAAUAGUAAUAGUAAUGGUAAUGGAAAUGGAAAUGGUAAUACAAUAUAUGUAAAUAAUAAAGAGAUAAAAAAAGAAUCAAUAUUAGUUGUAAAUAGUAAAAAUAAUAAAAAAGAAGAACAUUGUAUCUAUAUUUUAGAUAGUGAUACAGAGGAUGAGGAUGACGAAUAUAAUGAUUUUAAUAAAAAUGAAAACCAAGAGAAUAGUUGUAUUUUACCAUUUAAUGAUGAAGAAGAAGGAGAAGAAGAAGAAGAAGAAGCAGCACAAUUUGGCCAUCGAUUUCAUCGUGAGUCUGAACCAAAAUCUGAUAAUAUUAAAUUAACUGGUGUAAAAAGAAAAUUUGAAGGAUAUGAUGAUGAUGAUGAUGAUGAUGAUGAUGAUGAUGAUGAUGAUGAUGAUGAUGAUGAUGAUGAUGAUGAUGAUGAUGAUGAUGAUGAUGAUGAUGAUGAUGAUGGUGGUGGUGGAACUAGGAAUAUAUCAAGUUUAGAUAGUAAUACAACUGAAAUUAAUUCCUCACAAAUCUACAUUUUAGAAGAUGAUGACAAUUUUAGAACAAUUACAACACCAACUACAACUACUUCACCUAUAAAAACAACAACAUCUACAAAUACUACAACUAUCACUACAUCAGCAACACCUACUAAAAAUAAUACGACCACAUCGACAUCAACAUCAACAUCAACAAAUACAACACCAAAUAAACAACCUAAUCUUGGAGAAAUUGAAGAUCUUCCAGAGGAAAAAAUGGUAGAUUGUAUAAUUUGUUUAACAAAAACAUCUUCAUUUGAAAUGCAUAGGGUGAUCAAAGGCGAUUGUGAUCAUUUGGUGUGUCGUGAUUGUUAUCAACAAUAUUGUAUUAGUAAAAUCAAUGAUAAAGAGUAUCCAAUCAAUUGUCCAGGAUUUAAAUGUAAGAAUGAAUUAUCAAUCAAAGAUUUAGAGUUAUUGAUAGAUGAAGAGUUGAUAAUCAAAUAUCAAGAUUACAGUUUUGAAAAAACCAUUGAAAUCAAUCCAGAUCUAUUCAGUUUUUGCCCAACUGCCGAUUGUGGUUAUAUUUUCUUUUGGGAGAAAGGUGAUUCUACAGAUUUUCAAUGUCCCAAGUGUAACAAUAGAUACUGUUUCAAAUGUAGAUCCGAUUUUCAUACUGGUUCUUCUUGUGAACAAUAUCAAUCUUGGUUAAAAGAGAAUGGAAAGGGUGAUCAAUUGUUUGAAGAUUUCGUAGAGCAUCAAAAGUUUAAAAAGUGCCCUCAAUGUCAUAGAUGGGUCGAGAAAACUGCCGGUUGUAUGCAUAUCGUUUGUAUUUGUAAACAUAAGUUUUGUUAUAAUUGUGGUCAAACUUUUCCUUGUGUUUGUGGUAAAGAUCCACAUGUACGUGGUGUUCAAAUGCCACCAAACAUGAUGAAUCCAGCACAUCUUAGACAUCCUCCUCCUCACCAUAUUCCAUUGACGUACGAACAAUUAAGACAGGUAAUGGAUGGUGCUCUCCCUACAAAUUUUGGAUUACCUCCAAGACAAUCUAAACAUUUUGCUUUCAAUAAUUUUCUUUCAACUACUCACAAAGCUAUACAUAACCUAAUUCAAGAUCUAGUAUUUAAAAUUGAUGAUGACAAAAAUAAUAAUGAAAAUUUAGGUCUUUUUCCAAGAAAAAAAAUAAAAAGACCUACAGGAGUCAUCCUUACUAUUCCAGAAAUUCAAAAUCAUUUAGAAAAUUUUAUAAGAAAUUUAAAACAACCACACCAACAACAACAAACUGAAAUUUUAAAUGCAUACCAAAUUAUUACCCAACAAAUAAAUAAUUUACAACAACAACAACAACAACAACAACAACAACAACAACAUCAACAACAACUACAACAACAACUACAACAACAACAACAGCACCACCAGCAACAAAGGCAUCUAUUACCACCAGAUCAAAUCAUUAAUAGGACGAAACAACUAGGAAUAUUACAACAACAACUACAACAAUUACGACAACAACAAAAGCACCAAGAGCGAAUGCAACAACAACAAAUGCAACAUCAACAAAAAUUGCAGCAGCAACGACAAAAACAACAAAAGCAUCUUCAACAACAAUUAAAGCAACAACAACAAAAACAACAACAACAAUUACAACAACAAUUACAACAACAAUUACAACAACAACAAGAAAUUUAUAAUUUUCAAAUGUACCAACUGCGACAAAAUCAACAGCCAGUACAAAAUCAGCAAAGCAAAAAGAUAACAAAACCACCUCAAUUACAACAAACUCCACAACAAAAUCAACAACUACUAAUACUCCAACAACCUUCACUAUUCCCAUUGUUUAAUCCAGCACCAUUUGAUUUCCAUGAGCAACAAGUUGUACCACAAGUCAAUGGAAGAAGGAGCAUUGGAAACAAUCCAACAUCACUAUUUCAAACAUUUCAAACGCCAUUACAACAACAACAACAUCACCAACAACAAAAUCAACAACAACAUCAACAACAUCAUCAACAACAACAACAACAUCAACAACAACAGCAACAACAACCACCAACACAGCCCCAAGUUAUUGUAAUCCAAGACUCACCAAAUACAAAUCAACAAUCAAAUAAUAAAAAAAGGAACUAA